GACUUCCGGCGGUGACUUCCGGCAGGGUGCAGGGGAAGGAGGGGGACCGCGGGCGCCAUGGGGAAGUCGGAUUUCCUCAGCCCCAAGGCCAUCGCCAACCGCAUCAAGUCCAAGGGGCUGCAGAAGCUCCGCUGGUACUGCCAGAUGUGCCAGAAGCAGUGCCGCGACGAGAAUGGCUUCAAAUGUCACUGCAUGUCCGAGUCCCACCAGAGACAACUGCUGCUGGCUUCUGAGAAUCCCCAGCAAUUCCUGAAUUACUUCUCUGAGGAAUUCCGAAAUGAUUUCCUAGAGCUGCUCAGGAGACGAUUUGGAACAAAGAGAGUCCACAAUAACAUCGUGUACAACGAAUACAUCAGUCACCGCGAGCACAUCCACAUGAACGCCACGCAGUGGGAGACGCUGACUGAUUUUACGAAAUGGUUGGGGAGAGAAGGUCUUUGCAAGGUGGAUGAGACUCCAAAAGGCUGGUACAUUCAGUAUAUUGAUAGGGACCCAGAGACUAUUCGCAGGCAACAGGAACAAGAGAGGAAGAAGAAACAAGACCUUGAUGAUGAAGAAAAAACUGCUAAAUUCAUCGAACAGCAAGUUAGAAGAGGCUUGGAGGGGAAAGAACUGGAGGCGCCAGUCUAUACUGAACUGAACAGAGAAAAUGAAGAAGAAAAAGUUGCAUUUAAUUUAAACAAAGGAGCAAGUACUUCAGUAGCAGCAUCUUCUAAAACCAGCAGUGUCCUUGGACCGAGUGCACUGAAGGCGGCGGAAGGGGCAGUUAAAAGAAAAGAACCGGCUCAUGGCUCUGGUCAGUCCAAAGAAAAGAAGAAGAAAUCUGCACUGGAUGAGAUUAUGGAGCUUGAAGAAGAGAAGAAAAGAGUAUCUCGAACCGACUACUGGUUGCAGCCUGAAAUCGUUGUAAAAAUUGUCACAAAAAAGCUGGGGGAGAAGUAUCACAAAAAGAAAGCAGUUGUUAAGGAAGUGAUUGACAAGUACACAGCAGUUGUGAAGAUGAUUGAUUCUGGAGACAAACUGAAGCUUGAUCAAACGCAUCUGGAGACUGUAAUACCAGCACCAGGCAAGAAAGUUAUGGUAUUAAAUGGUGGUUACAGGGGAAACGAAGGCAUCUUGGAAUCUAUCAAUGAAAAGAAAUUUUCGGCAACAAUAAUCAUCGACUCUGGACCUUUAAAAGGACGCCGAGUUGAAGGUAUCCAGUACGAAGACAUUUCCAAACUUGCCUGAGGCGCUAACUGUGGAUCAGAGAUGAUUUUGGUUCCCAAAAACAUCUUUCUGGCUUCUUCCAGGCAGAUACAAGACUCUACCAUGUCAGGGUUUUUGUUUUCUGUGUAUAUGUAUUUAUAAUGUAUAUAGAAAUCAACCACGAGCAAACUGGUUUUAUUUAAAGAUCACUAUAAAUUUGUUACAUAAAAUGUUUGUGGAAAUCUUA